AAACAUCAAAGCGUCCACACUGGAGAAAGACCAUAUGAGUGUGACCAGUGUGGAAAGACUUUCAUAAGAGCAGGAUACCUAAAAAUGCACCAAUGCAUCCACACUGGAGAAAGACUAUAUGAGUGUGACCAGUGUGGAAAGACUUUCAUAAGAGCAGGAUACCUAAAAAUGCACCAGCACUUCCACACUGGAGAAAGACUAUAUGAGUGUGAGCAGUGUGGGAAGAGUUUCACCCAGAUGAGUGCGCUUAAAUAUCACCAACGCAUUCACACUGGAGAAAGACCAUAUGAGUGCAACCAGUGUGGAAAUUCUUUCACCACAGCAAGUAAUCUCAAAAUGCACCAACGCGUCCACACUGGAGAAAAACCAUUUUCCUGUGACCAGUGUGGAAAUGCUUUCACCAGAGCAAGUAAUCUAAAAAAGCACCAACGCGUCCACACUGGAGAAAGACCAUAUGAGUGUGAACAGUGUGGAAAUGUUUUCGCCACAGCAGAUUACCUAAAAAUCCACCAACGCAUCCACACUGGAGAAAGACCAUUUGCCUGUGACCAGUGUGGAAAUGCUUUCAUCACACGAAUUGCCCUAAAAAGACACCAACGCGUCCAUACUGGACAAAAACCAUAUGUUUGUGACCAGUGUGGGAAGUUUUUUACCACAGCUACUCACCUAAAAAUCCACCAAAGGACCCACACUGGAGAAAAACCCUACCAGUGCAGAUUCUGUGACAGAUGUUUUGUCUCAGGUUCAAAUUGUACUAAACAUGAACGUGUUGCACAUGUCCACAAAAGACAAAAACUGUACAGUCGUACAAAAAAGUAAUACAUUGGACUCUAGCAGACAGAGUCGGUGUCAUAACACACCUAAACAGUUUGAAUGUCUCCAAUGUAAUGAAAGAUUCUCAUCAUCCUCUGCCCUCUGCUAUCAUCAGCGCAGAUGUGAAUCAUUAAUGUCUGGACUAAAAUGUCCCUCAUCAUCAGAUGACAAGAAGAAACACAGUGUGUCUGAACCAGCAGCACCAACUUCUGACAAGAACAUCGGAAUGAAAAACCUCCAGAUCAGACUUCACAGAAUCCAGAUGUGAAGACAAACAUCAGACUGAAGGCUGUGUUUUGUUUUCCUCAGAGUACAGAGGUGUGUUCUAACGCACCUUCACAAAAUAGUGACGUUACUGAACCUCAACCUGCCACCAGGUGAAAAGUUCAACUAGUGCAGGUGAACAAGGACCUGGUUUCUAUGGCAAUACCACUUCUCAUUGACUCUGUAGACUUUAAUCAGUAACUUGUUGUGAUUCUGUUGCUGGUUGGGGUUCACGCAGUUGGAUUUACAUCAGUUAGAAACAACAUUCAUUCAUUCCUUUUCUGAACCCGCAUUAUCCUCACUAGGGUCACGGGGGUCGCUUGGAGCCUAUCCCAGCUACUUAGAGGCGAAGGCGAGGUUCACCCUGGACAUUUUGCCACUUCA